AUGCCUAUCGGCAACUUGUACGUCAUUGCAGGCGUCUCCGUCGUCGGAGGCGCCCUGUUCGGCUUCGACAUUUCGUCCAUGUCGGCGCAGCUCAGCGAACAGUCGUAUCUGUGCUACUUCAACGAUGGCCCCAAGGGUCCCCCCUUCACCCAGGAAGAGUGCAGUGGCCCGAAGCCGCUCAACCAGGGCGGUAUCGUCGCCUCCAUGGCCGGCGGUUCUUGGCUGGGUGCUCUCAUCUCUGGUAUCCUGUCUGACCGCCUCGGCCGCAAAAAGUCCAUCAUGAUUGGCGCUGUUAUUUGGGUCAUUGGAUCUAUUCUCUGCUCCGCUGCCAAUGGCAGGGCUAUGCUCAUUGUCGGCCGUAUCAUCAACGGUCUGUCUGUUGGUAUCGAGUCUGCUCAGGUCCCCGUCUACAUUGCCGAGAUCUCGCCUCCCUCCAAGCGUGGUCGCUUCAUCGGCUUCCAGCAGUGGGCCAUCACUUGGGGUAUUCUCAUCAUGUACUACAUUUCCUACGGCUGUGCCCAGAUUGGUAAGAACGAGUGGAACGACCACAGCACCGCCAACUGGCGUGUCCCGUGGGCUCUCCAGAUGGUUCCCGCCAUCUUCCUGUUCUUCAUGAUGAUGCCUCUGCCCGAGUCUCCUCGCUGGCUCGCUCGCAAGGACCGCUGGGAGGAGUGCCACGCAGUUCUCACGCUUGUUCACGGUCAAGGAGACCCCAACCAUCCCUUUGUCUCUUACGAACUUCAGGACAUUAAGGACAUGUGUGAAUUCGAACGUCGUCACGCCGAUGUCACCUACCUUGAUCUCUUCAAGCCCCAGAUGCUCAACCGAACCAUCAUUGGUCUCUUUACCCAGAUUUGGUCGCAGCUCUGUGGUAUGAACGUCAUGAUGUACUACAUCACCUACAUUUUCACCAUGGCUGGUUACACUGGCAACGCCAACCUGCUUGCCUCUUCGAUUCAGUACAUCAUCAACGUCUUUAUGACGAUUCCUGCGCUUCUUUGGGCUGACCGAUGGGGUCGCCGCAAGACCAUGCUCAUCGGCUCUACCCUCAUGGGUCUGUGGAUGUUUAUGAAUGCUGGUCUUCUUGCCACCCACGGAACUGAGAUCCCACGCUCUGAGCGUACCACCGAGGCCGUUUCCAUGACUGUGUCUGGUGCGCCCGCCAAGGCUCUCAUUGCCGGCACUUAUCUCUUUGUUGCCUCGUUUGCUCCCACCUGGGGCCCUGCCUCGUGGACUUACCCUCCUGAGCUGUUCCCUCUGCGUCUCCGUAGCAAGGGUGUCUCUCUGGCUACCUCGGGUAAUUGGGCCUUCAACACCGCUCUCGGUCUCUUCACCCCUCCUGCCUUUGCCAACAUCACCUGGAAGGCUUAUAUUGUCUUUGCCACGUUCAACGUUGCUGCCUUUAUCCAUGUUUUCUUCGGCUUCCCUGAGACGGCCGGAAAGACUCUUGAGGAGACCGAGGCAAUGUUCGAAGACCCCAAGGGUAUUCCGUAUCUCGGUACCCCUGCCUGGAAGACGCAUCCUGUCACCGGCGCUAUGCGCAAGGCUGAGCACGGUGAUCUCGAGGCUGCGGCAAAGAUUUCAGAGAUUGAGAAGCCUCACACCCCUCCUGUUCAGGAGCUCGAGGUUCCCCCCAAGCAGUAA